GCAAACUGGCAACGACGACCCAGGCGGCAGGCAACCAAGAAACAGCUGCUGCUUUAUCAGUUUCUUCCAUCCAUCCCAAAGAUCACACGGCGAAGAGAGAGAGAGAGAGAGAGAGAGAGAGAGAGAGAGAGAGAGAGAGAGAGAGAGAGAGAGAGAGAGAGAGAGAGAGAGGGAGUGAUAUUUUCAGAGAUUUCCAAGGAGAGUGGAAAAAGAUCGAUCGAGGAUCGAAGAUGUGCAUGGACCGAUCUCCGGUGCCGGCCAAGAAGAUCUGGCUCGCCAUCGCCUCCCGCCUCGGCCUCCGGCCAACAGCCGGGCUGAGGAACCUGAGGAAGGAGGUGAGGACGUGCGAGUACCGCGACGUCCACAUCAUGUGGGAGAUGCUGAGGGAGAUGGACUCCCCGGUGCCCCUGGAGGAGAAGCAGGCCGCCGCCGCUGCGGCCGUCGCGGCGGCCGCCGCCGCCAGGAAGAAGAAGAAGGCGUGGAGCCGCUUCGUCUACUACUGCUGCGCGUUCUGAGCUCCACAGGACGUGAUCGAUCGAUGAACACGGAAACGGGACAGCUCGCUGGAACCGCGCCGUCAGAGUAAGAGCAGAGGCUUAGCGGAGCGGCCGUGUGUAGAUAGAUACAGCAUUGGCCCUCUCACAGGUUGUGCAAAUAACCAAACGCGUGUGGAUCCGUCCCAAAUGGUCCAUUGGAGAUCGAUCAUCGUUGUGCGCAAAAAUAGGAUUCAGAUUAUGAGGAUGUGAAUUCAGAGGAUGGUGAACGAGAUGUGCGGCGUACAGCCAAAGAAAUCGUAUUCUCUUGCCUCAAGAACCACAUAUUACCGGCACGUAGGGCUCCCUUUUCCCCGGAGCAGAGAGAAGAGAGCUAGUAUGUUUGUAGUAGUAAUUUGUACAAAGAAAAUUAAGAAAAAAAAUCUAUAACAUCGGAUCUUGCCCAUUAA